AGGAGGAGAAGGAGGAGGAGGAGGCGGCACUUCCUGGAGGUGCUGACCGGCAGUGGAACCAAAGUUGAGGCAGCAGUGACGGAUUAAAAAACACGCGUGCAGUGGAACAUUGUGGACUUUUCGCCAUCAUCGGCGUUGUCAUUAAACGCGUGGACUCUACUUUCUGGAGAGAGAAAACAAGGCGCGGCGGGUCGACGCAAACCAGGAAGUGCAUGAGUGACGUGGGAGGCACAGGACAGGUGACACAGGUGAUACGACCUUGGCUGACCUUGGCUGACCUCGGCUGACCUCUGAAACGACGACGACGACGGCAACAAAAGUGGAGUGAGACGGAAAACAGGCACACGUCUUCUCCGGUGUUUAUGGACUGCAGGCGGUGAUGUCUCCAGGCGAGGACGGUCUGAUUGGGAUCCCGUUCCCGGAGCACAGCAGCGAGCUCUUGUCCCACCUCAACGACCAGAGGAGGACGGGGCUCCUGUGUGACCUCACGCUGACCUCCCGCGGGUCACGCUACCCGACUCACCGCUCCGUCAUGGCCGCCGUCAGCCUCUACUUCCGCCGUCUCUUUGGUGCGGAGGAAGGCGGCGGCGGCGGCGAGUGCGGCGGCGGUUUCAGCGUGUGCCAGCUGGACUGCGUGGCGCCCGACGCCCUGGACGCCCUGCUGGAGUUCGCCUACACGGCGACCCUCACCAUACCCAGCUCAGGAAUGAGGGACGUCCUGCGAGGGGCGCAGCUCUUGGGCAUCCAGUGCGUGGCUGACGCAUGCCGGGACAUCCUGGGGGAGAAGGAGGAGCCAAACGAGGAGGGGGCGGAGCAGAGGAACCGAAGCACGGACGGAGAGCACGGAUCCCGGAGAAAGACGGACAGAAGGAAGGUGAAAAGGAUCGGCUCGGAUGACAUCACUCCGCCGACCGCUUCACCCGUCUCGUACCCUUCGCCUCUAUCCGAGAGCCACCGCUCGCCGCCCCCGACCCGGCCCCCCAGCCCUGAACAAGAGGAGCUCCUUUUCAGGUGGAAGCAGAAUGGCGAUCCCAGAGCGGUCAGAGUACCAGCGAGGGGGGCCACACUAAACGGAGGAUACCUACACGGGCCGCUAGCACACGCGCCCCCCAUCCCGGCCCCCGAGGACAAGCUCUCCGAGGAGGACGACAUGGACGGCUUUGGCAACGAGUCCACGCUCAUGGAAAGCACCUCCACCACCUCAGUGGCCGAGCAAGGAGGAAGAGGAGCGGGGACGGCGGGGGCGGCGGCGGGAGCAGGAAGGAAGAGGAAGUCUCAGACACCCCAGCAGUGCCCCGUCUGUCAGAAGAUCAUCCACGGGGCAGGAAAACUGCCUCGUCACAUGAGGACCCACACGGGAGAGAAACCCUUCCAGUGCUCCGCCUGCGGGGUUCGCUUCACCAGGAACGACAAGUUGAAGAUCCACAUGAGGAAGCACACCGGCGAGCGCCCCUACUCGUGUCCCCACUGCUCCGCCCGCUUCCUCCACUCGUACGACCUGAAGAACCACUUGUCCCUGCACAGCGGGUCGCGCCCCUUCGAGUGCCUGCUCUGCCACAAGGCCUUCGCCCGGGAGGACCACCUCCAGCGCCACCGCAAGGGACACAGCUGCCUGGAGAUGCGCACCCGCCGGCCCAGACGAGGGCCCGAGUGCGGGGCGGACGCCGACGCCCGCGCCCACUCCUCGGCCUUCCUCCCGCCCACCAUGCUGGAGGGCGGCAUGUUCCAGCGGGACGCCGACAGGGAGCGCACCCUGGCGCUUCAGGCUCUGGCGCAGCUCAGCCCGCACAGGUUUGCCAACUACCAGGGGCUCCUUCUGCGAGAGGCGGACCCCAAGAAUUCGGGGGGGGCCCACUCCAUGGCCGUGCAGCGUGGCGGCUGGUCGCAGGAAGCCGGGGAGAAGAUGAUUGGCGAGGAGGAGGCGGAGGAGGAAGAAUAGCGAAUGUGUGUGGCGACACAUUAAAAAUAAUAAUAAUAAUAAUAAUAAUCUCCCUCAGGUGGCUGCGUUCAUGACCUGCUGCUCCCCACGAGAGCUAAAAAAAAAAAAAAAGGACAAACGGGUUUUCAGAGCGAGGUUUGAAAUGGUUAGCAUUUGGUGGGGGGGGGCGAUACGGCGACUUUUGGUAUCGAUCCGAUACCAAGUAAAUACUUUUUACUUGAGCUUUUGGAGGAGUGAUUUUUCCUUCAAUGUGUUGAUCGCUUUUGGAAUAUCAACCAAAAAAAAAAAAAAAAAGACAGCAAUUAAGACAAUUUAACAACAGGGAUAAAUAUUACAAUUAUUAUAUUCAUCAAGUCAAAGUGCCGAGUCUGCAAAGCAAACAGAAAUAGAAGAGUUAAAAAUAGCACUUUUACGGCGCUAACUCCUUAUUUCAUUCAUGAGGUUCAUAUUUUACACUUAGUAAAUAGUAAAUAUUCAUUACGUUUUCUGUUAUAAUAUUAGAAACAAUAAUCCAGCAAAAUGGGCUAAUCGUGGCAGAUGGGAUUAAUCACGAUUAAUUCAUUUGUUUCAAUUUGGAAAUCAUUUGACAGCCCAAAUAGAAAAUAGAAAAAAAACAUGGCUGUCAUGACACUGUAUGGACCCAAUGACCCCCCCGCCCCCGCCCCGCCCCAUAGCAUUUAAUUUGUCCUUGUUUGACCUUCUUGUUUGCUGAUCUGUCUUUGCCGUUUGACUUGUUUCUUUUAAUGUCAUGUUUUGUUUCUCGCUAACACUGCUAAAUAUGCUAAAUAUGCUAAAUAUGCAACCCCCAAAGUCCAGAGCCAAAAAGAUGAAUCCUUUUUGGAUUGUUGAGCUGGUGCGUCCCCACGCUGCCCUCCGGUGGCGAUGAGUGGAAGUGCAGCCAAAUUCAUGCUGUCUUAACGCUGCUUGGCUUUGGUGCUCCACACAAACUUUUAGUGUCUUUAAAAGAAAACAAUGGGAGCCAAUGUUGGGUUCCAAGAACUCCUUCAAGCUUCCUCACGAUUCCGCUUCCGUAUUUGGAGGCUUAGAGCGCCGUGCUGAAUGACCAAAAGAGACCAAGUCUUGGUCAAUGUUGUACAACAAAACCAACCCCCGUGUCCUUUCAAAGACUGUUGAUUUCAGUCUUCAAUGCACGCAUUUGGCUUCCUUCUUCCAGAAAACCAAGGUGAGGGGAUGACGACAUGAUUAGCCCGUUGGUAUUUAUUUAUUUAUUGUUUGUAUUUAUUUCUUUCUGCUGAUCAAAUACAGGGUUAGAUGAGUCUUCAUCCUGGGGUCUUAGUGUGACCAUCUUUCCGGGCUUCUGUUUGACCUUGUGUCCGUUCAUGUGGCUGCCCUGUCCGGUCUUACGGAAACAUUCCAUCCUGUGUCUGAGCCCCUCGCUGGCCACCGCCCCAUCCUGGUCCACAUCAGGGCCACAUUGAGAGAUAUAAGACCAUUAAGUAUAAAAAAUUCAGAGUAAAAAGCCAAACAUUUAUUAGGGAAAAAGACGAUAUUCUUGGAAAACGUACCACUUAUCGUGACACCAUAAGCUUUUUUUCCAUAAAUUUAGGACAACAUCGUUAAUUAGUCCAAAGACAGCUAUGAAAAUAAUAUGACCUAUGCCCAAGGCCAAAGGUCACGAGUCCCCCCUUUCGUAGUCGUCUCGGGUGAUGCCUGUUACGACAAAGUAUUCAAAUCAUCAUAAAGUUGUACAUUUUUGCCAAUAUAGUUUUAUGUUUAAAAGAGAAACUGGUAAUACUAGGAGAGUAAAGUUUUUUUAUUUUCUUUUUUUUUUAUAACUUUACAAAGUUGUUUUUUUUUUUCGGAAAUUUACGAUUUUAUUCUCAAAAUCGGAUUAUUUGAAGGGCUAGCCGUGCUAACCUGUUUGUGUUUUCCUUCCUUCCCGAGGAGCUCGGCUCUAUUUUCCCACGUAGGACACCAUCACCCCUCAUGGCAGCACUCGUACGUUUAAAGUGGUACAUUUAGGACUUUUCUCAUAAAUCGGACUUUUUUUUUUUUUUUAGAAAAAAACUUGUAGAUUUAUUGUGAAAAUCUCAGAUUAUGAUUUCUUCUCAAUGUGGCCCUGAUACGGCGUGGUGCUAACUUGUGGAGGCUUGUUUUUGAAUGACAAUGUCCAAACAACAGCUUCCUGUUAAGGACUGUGACAGGGUGCCAUGCAGCGGUUGGCGUUGGCGGGCGGUCAUCUUCCUUUGGACUGACGUGCAGGUCACAUGGGAGCAUGGACACGGUACUGGAGACUUGUAUUCCUAUGUCAUGUCACAUGAUGGGAGGAAAUUGCCUUAGCUUGUCUUGUGCUGCAUCUCUUCUCAGGAACUCUUGAGCAAUGCACUAAUGGGUGGGAAACAUGUAUAUAGUGGCAAAUGUGAGGCCGCUAGUUGGACAAUAAGACGCUCUGGCUUUGGACCGUGUGUCAAUAUGCACACUUCCAUACUCAAGUGUAAGUGCACUCAAAAUGCUAAGUGUGCGUCACUAUGCACACUUCCAUACUCAUGUGUACACGCACUCAAAAUGCUAAGUGUGCGUCAAUAUGCACACUUCCAUACUCAAGUGUGCGUGAAUAUGCACAGUCCCAUACUCAAGUGCAAGUGCACUCAAAAUGCUAAGUGUGCAUCAAUAUGCACACUUCCAUACUCAAGUGUGCGUCAAUAUGCACACUCCCAUACUCCAGUGCAAGUGCACUCAAAAUGCUAAGUGUGCAUCAAUAUGCACACUUCCAUACUCAAGUGUAAGUGCACUCCAAAUGCUAAGUGUAAGUAUGGAAGUGCCUGGCUCUUCAUGCAUGAAGGGUGCCCCGCCCCACAUGUGGUGAGUGGGUGAGUGAGUGAGUGAGUGAGUGAGUGAGUGAGUGAGUGAGUUGAGGGUACCUCAAUGCCAGCUGUGAAGUGUCCAUCUCUUAGUUUUCUUGGCUUCAAAGGGUGAAGGGACGAGGGUCCGAGACCAUCAGGGAUACAUUUUGGUUUUGUUUCCUCUUUGUCGAGAUAUCACUUUAUGUAAGGAACAGAAAUAAAAGAUGUCUAAGCUUUAA